AUGGCAUCGUUGCAGAGGCGGAGUGAACAGUGGGGGACGCUGGCGACCGCGGCCAGCGAUGGUAUGGACUUUGUACUGGGUAAUGAAACCACCGAGGGGUGGAACACGUCCGAGGAGAGGGCGAGUCAGGAACGCCAGGAUCUGUACAACUUUUGGGCGUGGAGCAUCGUCGAUGGCGCGCUGAUGCUGCUCAUCGUUAGCGGGAACACGCUCACAAUCCUCGCCGUCACCCUCAGCCGCCGGCUCUCGUCGCUUGUAUCUAACCAGUUCGUGCUAAACCUGGCAAUAUCCGACCUGAUGGUGGGCCUCACUUUACCCUACCACCUCGUUUUCUACCUGGACGAUGACUUCGGCAAGGUCAAAUGGUCGUGUCUAAUGAGGUUCAUACUCAUAAUACUCGCGUGUCUCGCCUCUAUUUACAACAUCAUAGCAAUCGCGGUUGACAGAUACAUAGCAAUAGUCCAUCCGCUACACUACAGCCGGUACAUGACCAAGCUGAUUACUCGACUGCUGAUGAGCACCACCUGGUCCGUAGCCAUGUGCAUAAGCUGUAUACCUAUGUUCUGGAAUGACUGGCGCGAAGGAAUCGCUUGUGAAAUGAAUCUGGUGGUUCCGAAGUCGUACACGACGAGCAUCCUGGCGCCGAUGUUCUCGUUGGUAUGGAUGGUGAUGUUCAUACUGUACUGGAGAAUAUGGCGGGAGGCUACGUGCCACGCGCGCCGCCUGCGCGCCAACACCUGCUGCCCCUCGGGCGCCAACGAUUGGAAGAGCAUUCAAGUGGUGCUUCUAGUUCUCGGUUCCUUUUCCAUAUGCUGGAUGCCGUUUGUGGUCGUGGCAUGCGCUCAAACGUUGCCGAUUAUUCCACUGCACAAUCCGAUAGUGUACCGGCUAACUUCAUCGCUCGCCAUGUCUAACUCAGGUGCGAACCCGCUCAUAUACGCGUGGAAAAACGCAGGCUUUAGAGCGGCUUUCUCCAAGUUACUUCGAUGCAAGCGUCCAGACUCGUCGGAAUACAGAGGUUCACCCGCUCCAGAGAGGAAGAGAGGAUCGGUAGCACUUCGAGAAGGUUCCAUAACGCGAUCCAGCGCACCAGCUGCGCUGUCCAGCCUCGGAGGCCGGCCGGCCAGACUACUCUGUGUAGAAAGGGAACCAGACACAGCUAGAUGCCGUAUCAUUGAGAAUGCAGGCUACGUAGACUCGGACAGGGGAGAUACGAACCCUUCCUACGCGCCUGACGGCCCAACCCCUGUGCACAGGCCGUCCAAUCAGCCCGCCGAUGUAGUGUAG